UCUUUUUUGGGACGCUUCACGGCGGGUUGAUUAUAGAAAAAAAAAAAAAGAGAGGGCUUCAACGGCCUUUGAUUUUGGUUUUCUGGCUCAACGCCGCGCUGUCUCUCCAAAACAGCCUGGUGUAUUGUAGGGUUAAAGCUUGGAUGAUAGAGACACUUGAUUUCCUCUUACAAUGACAACACGACGAAAUGGCAUUUCUAGGAAUCAGCGGGUUGAGAGUUUUCGCGGUGAAGGCCCUAACUGGAUCCUUAUUGCUGGGGGUGCCUUGUUGAGUACAUUGUCUAUUCGCUUUGGCUACAAAUUAAAGCAGUCCAUUGAUUCCAAACCUCAUUUGAAUGCCACUGGUGGAUUAAAACCCAAUGGAACAACAUCUGACAGAGGAAGAUCUCGAGGAUGCUGCUUGCAUUCUAAUGCAUCUCCCUGUGAAAGGAGUAAUGAUUGUUGCUUCCACUCCACUCCCGGAACUGAGAAUGGGGACAGUAAUCAUGCCACAAACGAGCAAAUGGUCGCGUCCAGUACCACGCUGCCUCUUGUGACAGUUCCUACUCCAACAUAUAGCAAAGAGAGCGGUGUCAUGUGGGGAUCUUCUCCUGAUCUCCGGGAUGUGCCCAUGAAACCAUACCAUCACCAGUCAACGUGCUCAGAUUCUCCUUGUGUAUCUGAAUCCGGCUCAGACAUCUUCAGCAAGCGAGAAGUAAUACAGAAACUGAGGCAACAACUGAAGAGACGUGACGACAUGAUCCUUGAAAUGCAAGAACAGAUCUUAGAGUUGCAAAACUCGCUUAACUCGCAGACUGGACACUCUAGCCAUGUACAAACACAGCUAGACGCAACAAACAGGGAUCUGUUUGAAUCAGAAAGAGAAGUUCAGAGACUGAGAAAGGCAAUCGCAGACCACUGCGUGGGUAGCAAUAAUGGUUGGAGUGGUGAUGUGAACGGGUUUAUGGACAGUGAAAACAGCUACGAGUCACCAGAAAAAGGAUCAAAGGAUGGAGAAAGGAUAGAGAUGUUGAAAAAGGAAGUGGGUGAGCUAAAAGAAGUGAUAGAAGGGAAGGAUUAUCUACUUAGAAGCUAUAAAGAGCAGAAGAUGGAGCUUACGCAGAAGAUAAAAGAGUUGCAACAGAGAUUGGAUUCACAGCUCCCAAACAUAUUGUAGGUUGGAAAGGUGAAGUGAAGAUUGGAAAUCUGAAAAUCUCAAUCCAAAUGUCGUGUCUCAACUCUCAAGGCAUAUAAAAGUUGGGUGAAAUGUGGACUAUAUCAGUUAGAAGUUCGUUGUUUUUUUGUUAAAUUUAAUUUAUCAAAUUCGAAAUCUGUUAGGGAAGGAAGACCAGUUAAUUUA